GGUUAGAUACCCAGCCAGCUAGGAUUUGGCUUGCAAUUUGAAUUUCUCCUCUUAGGUGAAAUGUGAGAUUUGGGAGGUAAUCACUACGUGGCAGUCGAGGGAGAGAUUUGCUCAUAGAAGCUGGAUUCCCAGGGAAAGGGACUGGGCAGAGAAAAGCACAAGAGGAGAGAGACACACACACAGAGAGAGAGAGAGAGAGAGGAGAGGAGGAGUGAUCUGUUCACAAGCUGUUUUGCUGGAGGUCGCAUCCACUGUCUGUGAACAUGGAAUACUGGGCACUUUAUCUCCUGCUGGUAACCUGGUGCUGUACGUGGUACACACAAGCUGAAUUCUUCACGUCCAUAGGUCAGAUGACAGACCUCAUUUACACAGAGAAAGACCUGCUCCAAUCUCUGAAAGAAUACAUCAAAGCAGAAGAGACCAAACUAACUACAAUUAAAAACUGGGCUGAAAAGCUCGACGAGCUGACCCAGGUCUCCACCUCCGACCCGGAAGGGUAUCUGGGCCAUCCGGUCAACGCGUAUAAGCUCAUGAAGCGACUCAACAUGGAGUGGCAACAGUUAGAGAGCCUGGUGCUGCAGGACACGUCAGAUGGAUUCAUCGCUAACCUCUCACUUCAGAGGCAGAGAUUCCCGACGGAUGAGGAUGAAAGCGGAGCAGCUCUGGCCUUGAUGCGUCUUCAGGACACGUACAAACUGGAUUCCGACAGCAUCUCCAGGGGCAACCUGCCAGGCGUGAAGUACAGGACGUCUCUCACCGUGGACGAUUGCUUCGAACUGGGCAAGACGGCGUACGGGGAAAGCGAUUACUACCACACGGCGCUGUGGAUGCAACAGGCCAUCAAGCAGCUGGACCAGGGGGAGGAGUCCACAGUGUUCAAAGGUGAAAUCCUGGACUAUCUCAGCUACUCCGUGUACAAGAUGGGAGACUACGGCCGGGCUGUAGAGCUCACAAAACGUCUGAUCGCCAUCGAUCCGACACACGAAAGAGCAAAGACCAACCUGCAGUACUUCGAGAGCGUGCUGUUGGAAGAGAGCCAAAAGCGGGACAAGAAUCACCAGGAGCCGGAGGGGGAAGUUGCCUCCGAAGACAGGGUGUCCAUCCAGCCUGCAAACUACGUGUUCGAGAGGGAUGCAUACCAGGCUCUGUGCAGGGGAGAGGGAAUUAAAAUGACCAUCCGUAGACAGAAAAGGCUGUUCUGUCGUUAUCACACCAACCAGCACCCUCGCCUAACCUUCAAACCGUUCAAGGAGGAAGACGAGUGGGACAGUCCUCACAUUGUGCGGUACUACGAUGUGUUAUCAGACGAGGAAAUCCAGAAGAUCAAACAGCUGGCGAAACCCAGGCUUGCCAGAGCAACAGUGCGUGACCCUAAAACAGGCGUUCUAGUAGUUGCCCAUUACAGAGUGUCUCAAAGCGCUUGGCUGGACGACGCUGAGGAUCCUGUCAUAGUCCGAAUCAACCAGAGGAUAGCGGACAUCACCGGCUUAGACGUCGAAACAGCGGAGUUACUCCAGGUAGCGAACUACGGGGUUGGAGGACAAUAUGAGCCACAUUUUGAUUUCUCUCGACGUCCUUUUGACAGCGUUCUUCAGACGGAUGGGAACAGACUAGCUACCUUUCUGAUCUAUAAAGAGGAACCCGAUGCUUUCAGAGAAUUAGGCACCGGGAAUCGGCUUGCUACUUUUUUAAUCUACAUGAGCGAUGUGCAAGCAGGUGGAGCUACAGUAUUUCCUGACUUCGGUGCUGCUGUAUAUCCCAAAAAGGGUACGGCAGUAUUCUGGUACAACCUCUUAAGGAGUGGGGAAGGUGAUUACAGGACAAGGCACGCAGCAUGUCCAGUAUUAGUGGGAAGCAAAUGGGUCGCUAACAAGUGGAUUCACGAGCGAGGGCAGGAGUUCAAGAGGCGGUGUGGGUUGACAGAAGUUGAUUGAUUGAGCCUUCGCCUUCCUCCACGUUAUUCCUGCUUUACUCCCCGUCUCUUCCCAGGAUCAUCCGACAGAACAAUUCAUCUCAUCUCGUUUGCUUUGAGCAUUGUGAAAUCCUUGAUCUACUGUUCACUGUUCCCACCCGCGCCCUCUCCGAUACGAUAUCCCUGGAUAAUCUCAUUGAACCAGUCCCUCUUUAUAUCACCUUAUACCCAAACAACGGUCUUUCCGUAAGAACAAUUGGAACAUUUGGUUUGUGUGCUCGAGAGAAAUGGCAGCCCUGAGUAUUUGGAGUGUGGGGAGGGGGGGGGAACUUGCUUCAUUCUUUCCGUCUCAAUGACUUAGACGUGAGGACAAAACCCCAAACUUUGAAUGGAUGCGUGUCAGUGUGUGCAUGUGUGUGCGUGUUGGUAUGCGUGCGUGUUUGCUUGUUUGAUGGAUGUCUGUGUUUGUCUGGAUGUGAAUAUGAAUGUUGAUAUACGUGUGCAUUUGUACAUAUGUCUAGGUAGGUAUGUCCUUUGUGCGUUGAUAUGUAUGUGUGCAUGUGUAUGUAUGUAUGUGAGCGGGUGUGUAUGUAUACAUGUACGUUUGCAUGCGUGUGCGCGCAGAUAAUUUUGUGGGAAAAGUACGUCUGGUAUACUUCUGGGGGAAGCCUAUCACCGUUGUACAUUGGAUCUCCUUGUUGCACAAAAAAAANGGCUUCACCAUGUUCUUUCUCUCUGUCUCUUGCUCUUUCUCUCUCUCCGUCAGACCCCGGGCAGCCUGAAAACAUAGCCAAACAUCCCCAGAUGCGAAGCAAAAGAGAGCUGUUUUUUAAUCGAAAACUGCAGCAGAAUUUAGUUGCCAUAAAUUAAACUCGCUGAGAGUUCAGUAAUGAUACCCAGAUUGUGUUUUUUUUUUAAUUAGGCCCCAAUUUCUCUGUGAGACAGCCAGGAAGGCAAGUGGGAGAAGCGCCUAAGUUGAGCGGUGUGUGUGUGUGUGUGUGUGUGUGUGUAAGUGCGGGUGCAUGUGUAUGAUUACUGUCCCACUGUGGCCUGUCAGGUUAAACAUCAAAGAACAUCACAAACCUAAUGGAAAUCAAGGGAGUUCUGCUUCUGUCGAGCGCUAAGAAUCAGACAUUCCAUGUCAUUCAUUCC